AUGACGGAGGAAUGCGUCCUGCGGUGCGUCCUGAUGCUCUGCUGCGCGCUCCUCUCCGCCAGCGCCAGUAACUGGCUGUACUUGGCCAAGCUGUCGUCAGUGGGAAGCAUCAGGGAUGAGGAGACGUGCGAGAGGUUACGAGGCCUCAUCCAGAGACAGGUUCAGAUCUGUAAGCGCAGUGUGGAGGUGAUGGAUGCGGUGCGUCGUGGAGCCCAGCUGGCGAUAGAUGAGUGUCAGUUUCAGUUCCGUAACCGUCGAUGGAACUGCUCCACGCUCGAGACAAUGCCUGUGUUUGGCAAAGUGGUCACCCAGGGCACCCGUGAGGCCGCCUUUGUGUAUGCCAUCUCAGCAGCCAGUGUGGCGUUUGCGGUCACGAGGGCCUGCAGCAGCGGAGAGCUGGAAAAAUGUGGCUGUGACCACAACGUACAUGGAGUCAGUCCAGAGGGGUUCCAGUGGUCGGGCUGCAGCGACAACAUUGCGUAUGGUGUGGCCUUCUCUCAGUCCUUUGUGGAUGUGAGAGAGAGGAGUAAAGGCCAGUCGUCCAGUCGGGCUCACAUGAACCUGCACAACAAUGAGGCUGGACGAAAGGCCAUCUUGUCCCACAUGCGUGUGGAGUGCAAAUGUCACGGAGUCUCGGGCUCCUGUGAGGUGAAGACCUGCUGGAAAGCCAUGCCGCCGUUCCGCAAGGUGGGCAACAUCAUCAAGGAGAAGUUUGACGGCGCCACGGAGGUGGAGCAGCGCAAGGUGGGCACCACCAAAGUCCUGGUGCCUCGCAAUUCCCAGUUCAAACCUCACACGGACGAAGACCUGGUCUACCUGGAGCCCAGUCCAGAUUUCUGCGACUACGACCCGCGCACGCCGGGUAUGCUGGGCACGGUGGGCCGCCAGUGUAACAGAACGUCGAAGGCCAUUGACGGCUGCGAGCUGAUGUGCUGCGGCCGCGGCUUCCAGACGCAGGAGGUGGAGGUGGUGGACAGGUGCAGCUGCAAGUUCCACUGGUGCUGUUAUGUCAAAUGCAAACAGUGCCGCAAAAUGGUGGAGAUGCACACUUGCCGGUGA